AACUUAGUCCAGGUUGAUAGAAAAUUGUUUCAGUAAAGAUAUUAUGCCUGUUCCAAGUUAAUUUAACAAUUUGUUUAAUUGUUUUGUUUAAUUUAAUUUUGUGAAAAUCUAUUAAAAAACGUGAAAUUUUACAUUCUACAUCAUGUCAUCUGAAGGAGGAUAUACUUUACGAACACGUAAAUUCAAGACCAACCGACUUCUUUGUCGUCGUCAAAUGGUUGUCGAUGUCAUUCAUCCUAGCAAAGCAACCAUCUCCAAACAAGAGAUCCGUAAUAGAUUGGCUAAGACUUACAAAACCCAGCCAGAUUUGAUCUUUGCUUUCGGAUUAAAGACACAUUUCGGUGGUGACAGGACAACAGGAUUUGCCCUCAUCUAUGACACAAUGGACUACGCUAAGAAAUUUGAGCCCAAAUAUCGAUUAGUACGUAAUGGUUUAACUAAGGUUGAAAGACAACCCAGAAAACAACGUAAAGAGAAGAAGAACAAGAUGAAGAAGGUCAGAGGAACCAAGAAGGCCAAAGUUGGUUCAGGAGCCAAAAAGUAAACUUUCUUUAAAAUAGCAAUCCAAUAUUUAAAUGGGAUCAUCAUUUUUGAGGCUUUUGCCUCUAUUCAUUGUCAAUCGUUCAAUAAUUUAUCACCUUUUUAGUGUUUUUGAUCUUGUUGGAUGAAUGGAGUCAAAAAUCAUUAAAGAAAUUUAUCCCUAUUAA